UUUAAAUGAGCGUUUAACGGCAGCUGCCCUGGAUAUUUUCGCGGCAGUUGAGAAAACGGUGGCAGAGUACAAGGAGGAGAAUGAUCGGCUACGGAGACUGCUGCGGAUCACACCAAAGAUAAAACUAAGUAGAAUUGGUUAGUAUGUAGCUAGUAUAUAUCUACCAGGGUUAUGUACUUAUGUAAGGGAUAAACGCCCGACAAUUUUCCCCCAAACUGGUAAUGUACAGAACUCAGGCCUUUAUCCCGCUUAUAUACCACAGUUGCCAAAUAAAACAAUACUAAAGUCCACUUACCCGGAAAAUGUGUUUAUUUAACGUUAUAUAUUUGACAAUGUAUUGAAUACUUUCUCAUCUUUUGGUUGCUAGAUUGCGACAGUCUUUAAUUUAGUUCGAUAUUCAUGGACGCUGCCCAGUUCGUUCUAUAGCUAUGUUCCAUGGUCGCUGGCAACGUUCUUGCCCCUUGCUUGCUAGCUAGCCAACUAGCUACGGCUAAUACAGUCACGACCUCUGCAGCCAGUAGCUACAUUUGCGUGUGUUUAAGCUGCUUUCUAUUGACAUUAAUUUGGAUACAUCCAUACCAACAAGCGGAUGUUGCCCGAUGUUUCAAUUUCAUAGCCCCCUAGACGGGGGACUGGGGGAUAUUUAACUUUUUUAAAGCGAAUUUCCUGCCAUUCUACGUAUUUUGACACAGGCCUAAACUAUGACCAGUGUGGGAAAUAAAAACCAUAGGUCAGGUGUAUUCAGGAUGCUUUGAACAUUUAAAUGAACACUCAAACUUCGACGACUUUGUUACUUGUAGCUUUUUGGGGGGAUGAAAUUGACACUUUUAGGUUCACAAUCUGUUCAACACAAUUAUUUGUAUAGUUACAAAUCAGGUCACCUUACAAAACUUCCCUGCUAAAACACACUGUCGAUCUAUCUGUCUGCUGCUUUUAAGUUGCCACAGCCUAAAUGACAAUCACCAAAUGAGGGGGCUAAUGUGAUUAAAUUGACUUUUGUACAUGCCGUCAAAAGGCUGCAUUCUGCUAUAAGGAUGGGAGUACCAGCAACCUAAUUUAGUUGACAACAUCCUUUUAGUUAAAUAAAUUCAGUGGAGAACAUUCUCUCUCUCCAUUCAGCUCCACUCUAAUCUUGAGGUGUGUUUCUUUAAAACAUGCAUCCAAUCCUGUUGAUCCCUUACAUAACUAUAGAAAAAAGAAUGUUAACCUUUGUUUAACUAGGCAAGUCAGUAAGGAACAAAUUCUUAUUUACAAUGAUGGUCUAGGAACAGUGGCUUAACUGCCUUGUUCAGGGACAGAACAACAGAUUUACAUCUUGUCAGCUCCGGAAUUCGAUCUAGCAACCUUUCGGUUACUAGUCCAACGCUCUAACCACUAGGCUACCUGCCGCCCCUAGACCAAUGAAAUGCUCCAAUGUGCCACGGGUUCAAAGUGCCGUGGCAAGACAGGACAAUUAGAGGUUCUGCUCGUGAUGUUAAGUUGCCGGCGCAGAUGAGAUCGCAUGCUCCGAUUUCAAAACUAUUUGGAGCACAGUUGAAAAAUGUACUUGCUCACUAUACAGUGGACUAUUUAGAAAAAUAAAAGCAGUAUUUUUAAUGCGUGUGAUGAGGUGUGCUGUGAGAGCGUGAGAAGAGGGUCAAAGGAGUGACUUACGAGGAGAUCACAUUGCAUAAUCAAACACUAGGCUAGAAGCUAGCUAAACACACUACAUAUACAAAAGUAUGUGGACACCACUUAAAAUGAGUGGAUUUGGCUAUUUCAGCCACACCUGUUGCUGACAGGUGUAUAAAAUCGAGCACACAGCCAUGCAAUCUCCAAAGACGACCAUUGUCAGUAGAAUGGUGUCACUGAAGAGCUCAGUGACUUUUUAAACAUGGCACUGUCAUAGGAUGCCACCGUUCCAACAAGUCAGUUUGUCAAAUUGCUGCUCGGGUGAACUGUCUUUGGAAGCAACGUCAGCACAAGAACUGUUCGUUGGGAGCUUUGGGUUUCCAUGGCUGAGCAGCCGUACACAAGCCUAAGAUCACCAUGUGCAAUGCCAAGCGUCGGCUGGAGUGGUGUAAAGAUCGCCGCCAUUGGACUCUGGAGCAGUGGAAACCCGUUCUCUGGAGUGAUGAAGUACGCUUCAGCAUCUGGACGUCCGACGGACUAAUCUGGUUUUGGCAGAUGCCACGAGACCGCUACCUGUCCCAAUGCAUAGGUGCCAACUACUCCCUGCAGCUCUCUCUUGCUGUCUCUGAAGAGGUUCCCUUUGAGCAGCAGCAGCAGGAGUGGAGCACGAGACUGGGGCAGGAGGAUCCAGAACCCACACAGAUUAAAGAGGAACAGGAGGAACUCUGUACCAGUCAGGAGAAAGAGAAGCUUCAAGGGAUGGAGGCUGAUAUUAUAGAGUUCAAAUUCACUCCUGUGUGAAAAGUGAAUGUGAUCAGGAGGACACACUUCAGCCCUUGACUCUUCCCCAACCCCAGACUGUGGAGAACAGAGAUAGUGACUCUAAACUAGUGGAUCUCAAACCUUUUGGCAAUGUGACCCACCUAAAUAAUCAAAAAAACAGCCACACCUCGUCUAUAAAAAAUCAACGCUGCCGUGACUGUGGUGAAACAUUUGCUCUGAAAGCUGACCUGCAGAGGCACUUGACUCUCACUAAGAUGAGACCCAGGGAAUGCAGAUUCUGCAAAAAACAGUACCACUCCACCUGUAAACUGAAGGCCCAUGUUCGACUCUGUCACGUGGAGAAACCCUGCUCAAUUUGUGGCAAGACCUUCAAAUACAAAGGGGUUCUGUCCAGGCACAUGAGGACUCAUACAGGAGAGACAGGAGAGAAACCAUUUAGUUGUGGUGACUGUGGGAAAAGCUUCAAACGCAAGCAGCAUCUAACCAACCAUGUACGGACUCACACAGGAGAAAAACCAUUCAGCUGUGGAGACUGUGGUAAAAGCUUCAUUCAGAAGGGACAUCUAACCGAACAUAUUCGAACCCAUACAGGAGAGAAACCAUUUAGCUGUGGUGACUGUGGGAAAAAAAGCUUUAAUCAGAAGUGGCUCCUAACCGAACAUAUACGGACUCACACAGGGGAGAAACCAUUUAACUGUAGUGACUGCGGGAAAAGCUUUAGUUACAAGGGUGACUUAAGGAGGCAUAUGCUGACUCACACAGGAGAGAAACCAUUUAGCUGUGGUGACUGCGGAAGAUGUUUCAAUCAUAAGGGGCACCUAAGGAAGCAUAUAUUGACUCACACAGGAGUGAAACCAUUUAGCUGUGGUGACUGUGGGAAAAGCUUCAAUCAGAAGGCAGCCCUAAAGACACACAUACUGACUCACACAGGAGUGAAACCAUUUAGCUGUGGUGAUUGCGGGAAAAGCUUCUAUCAGAAGGGACACCUAAAUGAACAUAUUCGGACUCACACAGGAGAGAAACAACAUGUCUGCUCAGUAUGUGGUAAAGGAUUCACGCAGAAGGCUCAUCUGGUGAGGCAUGUAAACAACGUCCACAAAGAAAGAGAACAGGACGAAAACGGGAAAUAAGAGAGAAAUUAGGAGAAAGAUCUGCCAGAUGGUGGGAAUAAAAAGGCAGGAUGUGGACAGGACAACACUCCUAGGAAAACACAAAGAAAAGCAACAUAAGUGUGGGUCAUUCAUGCUGUAGGUUUCAGAUAAAUGGAGGAAUGAUAUUCUGUUAGCCUACAAUUGGGGUAAGUGUAGCGACCAUAGUGCCACCAGUACCAACCUUGUUAGCCGAAUGGUUUUGAACCUCUGGUGUAAUAUUUGAGGGGUUUGACUGACCGUCGCAGGAACUGGGGUUUGAGUCCUGGUAUUAUUAUUUUUUUCAUUUUUUUUUUUACCAUGUCAUUCUUAAUCCAGCCCUGCCCUAGGUCUUUGGUGGCUCAGAUUGCUCAUCUUGCUAAAUAUAUUGUUCUAAACUGUUUGAUUUGUCUUCCUAAUCAUGUUUCUUUAACUUUGAAAUAUAUAUUAUUUAUAACCACAGUAAGGAAAUGUGAUAGAUAGCCUAUGGAUAUUUUGCUCUGAACUUGCCAACCAAAGCAGUUUUAGUCAGGGGCCAUAUUCCAUAUUCAGUCCUGUUUUAGGCCUCUCAAAAAUGUACAAAUACAUUGUACAAGGGAGCAUAUGUAUUCCAUUCUCUGUAUAGUGAACAGAAGAUUGCUGUUCAAGGUCAUGUAUAUUCAAAUGUAGAGGAAAAUAAAGUGCUUGCUAAAUGUU